AUGUUCGUGGCGAAAGGGUACGAUUUUACACAAGUUGUAUUCAUAGGUUUAACUCUAUUCUACGCUUUAAAACUCCUGCCAUUUUUAAACGGAAAUGACCGCAUUAAAAAGUGCAUCAGUUACUUCGAUGGUGACGAAUUUCAGCCACGGGAUGAAACGAAGCAAGAAAUUCUAAGCAAGAUUCCUGCGUUGUUGUCCAAUGAGAAUGAGUUGCCGUUACCAAUGUGGCUGCCCUAUUCGAUCAACAAAAGCUCAGUGAUUUAUUACACCACAUAUGUUUAUCUGUGCAUUGCUAUUGUAUAUGUUGGUUUUGCGACUGCUCUACUCGAUCCGUUGAUUGGAGGACUCGCGUUUCAGGCUGUCAGUCAGUUAAAAAUUUUAAAACACAGACUACAGAAUUUACAAAAUUUCUCAAAAUAUGGGUCCAAUUCAACUUUAAUUCAAACUGGUAUUUAUCAACAGCUAAUUGGAUGUGUUGAGCACCACAACGCAAUACUCAAGUUUGUUAGUGAAUACGAGCAGUGUUUUUCUUGGACUAUAUUUAACCAGUUUAUGGGAACGACGUCUGUGUUAUGUUUCAUCUGCAUUGCAAUUACAACGGUGCCUCUUGUCAGUAUUGAUGCUGUUAAAUACAUUAUUUUCUUUUUCGUUGUAAACUGGCAAGCACUGUUUUAUUGUUACUUCGGAACACUUCUGUAUGAAGAGAGUGACACUCUUGUAACCGCUAUUUAUCUAAGUCAGUGGUACGAAUAUCCUGUGGAAGCGCAAAAAAUCAUAUUUACGUUAAUGGAACGAGCUAAACAACCUAUGAUCCUUUCAGCUGAGAAACUAUUAGAUUUAACCCUGGACACUUUUACUGCGAUACUGAAAAGAAGUUAUUCUUUAAUCGCGUUUCUCAAAUAG